UCACACGGAAGUAGUAGACAGCAGUGAGACGCACCCUUGCGUUCCACACACCGGAAGUGGCAGAAGACACCGGCCUGUAGUUCCGGGUCUACCUGGACCGCUCGCUUGUAGGCAUGGAAUCUUUGCAGUAUUAGCAGCCGAGGAACAAAAGGUUCCCAGCAUGUUUCAAACUGGAUUGCUUUGUGUUUGACAAUGAGCAUCAACUCUUCUGGAGAAAAUGGCGUGGGAAGUGAACCUGCAGAGAAUGGGGCUACUAUAGUAGCUGAAUCCAUUGCUAUUAUCAUCAUUGACAUUCUGAUAUGCCUGGGCAAUCUUGUCAUUGUGAUCACAUUGUACAAGAAGUCGUAUUUGCUUUCCCUCAGCAACAAGUUUGUGUUUAGCCUGACGUUAUCCAAUCUGCUGCUCUCUAUGCUGGUUCUUCCAUUUGUUGUUGUCAGCUCUAUUCUAAGAGAAUGGAUAUUCGGAGUGGUGUGGUGCAAUUUCUCCGCCCUUCUUUAUAUGUUGAUCAGCUCUGCCAGUAUGCUUACUUUGGGCAUAAUAGCAAUAGACAGGUAUUAUGCUGUCCUUUACCCAAUGGUAUACCCUAUGAAGAUUACAGGAAAUCGCGCAGUGCUGGCAAUAGCAUAUGUUUGGCUCCAUUCUCUCAUAGGAUGUCUUCCACCCCUCUUUGGAUGGUCCUCACUGGAGUUUGAUAACUUCAAGUGGAUGUGCGUUGCUGCAUGGCACAAAGAGGUUGGCUAUACUGCCUUUUGGCAGAUUUGGUGUGCUUUGCUGCCUUUUAUCACUAUGAUGAUUUGCUACGGCUUUAUAUUUCGAGUGGCCCGAAUAAAAGCUAGAAAGAUCCACUGUGGAACUGUCAUUAUUGUUCAAGAAGCUCCUCAGAAGAAUGGGAGAAAAAAUUCCAGUACUUCUACAUCUUCAUCGGGGAGCAAGAGAAAUGGGUUUUCAAGUAUUGUCUAUUCAGCCAACCAGUGUAAAGCUUUUAUAACGAUAUUGGUAGUUAUUGGUGCUUUUGUGCUCACCUGGGGGCCUUACAUGAUUGUCAUAAGCACUGAGGCCUUAUGGGGGAAAAACAGUGUUUCUCCCAUAGUGGAGACUUUAGCUACCUGGCUAUCAUUCACAAGUGCAAUUUGUCACCCUCUUAUUUAUGGACUUUGGAAUAAGACUGUGCGUAAGGAGCUUCUAAGCAUGUGUUUUGGCAACAAGUAUAGAGAUCCGUUCCAUCAGCAGCAUAGGACUUCACGAAUGUUCAGUAUUUCCAAUCGGAUAACAGAUCUUGGGUUAUCUCCACAUCUAACUGCUCUGAUGGCCAGCGGGAAGGACUCCGACCACCAAAGCACUACAACAAAUACUGGAGUCAGCUAUUCAAAUGAUUCUGGUACUGAUGUAAUGCUGCUUGAUGACUUCAGCUCUGAUAGUGCCCAGCACCCACGUCUUCUCUAUUCAAGAAGGAAAAGUUCUGUUACAUUUGAAGAUGAAGUUGAACAAAAAAAUGUUUCAACAGAUGUCAGCAAAGGCUCGGAAGAGGAAAAUAUUUCAAGUUCAUCUUUGGAAUCCUAUGCCUUUAACUUGGCUAAAGCAAUAGAAAUGGAUGCAAAAAUGAGCUUGUUUGGAGAAGAAGUAAUGCAUCCAACCCCUGCGCCAGCCAUUGCAGGGAAUUCUGGUACAAGCCGAGGUGGCAGGAGUCAUUUAAUCCAAAAGCAAAAAAUUGUCCUGCAGAGUAUUGACGAAGGGCUUGUCUGAGGUUGCAGUUGUCAUGCUUAUAAUCACUCGUAUCUAUGUUUGGGCCUCUCGACAAUUUGGCCAAUACAUCAUAGUUUGUGUAUUUUAAUUCCAUCAUUUCUUAAUGUGUAAUUAGAAUGGGUGCAGACACCCGCUGAAAUUAAUAUUAUUUUUGGCUUUGUAUAUAGUGGAGAAGGGUUAGAAAGUUUUAUUCUAAACCCGUACCCCUAUUGGGAAAAUGUCAUCAUCUUUUCAGAUGUUGAAAAAAAAAUUCCCCUGAUUUCCUGUCUUAUUGAUUCAAGUGCAAGUGACAGAAAAUCUUCUCAAAGCAGACACAGUAUUAAAACCCUAAACUUUAUUACCUUUCUCCUCUUUAUAGCAACAAAGUGAGCAGAGUUGUUUCCUUUAAAGUGGGUGUAAACCCUUACAUAUAUCAAGUGAAGUGACUGGCCUCAACAAAUCCUCCUACAUAAGUUGCACCUGUUUGUCUCUGGUCCUCUAUUCUCUACAUCCAUUCGGUCCACAAUUUAUAAAGCUUGCGUGAGCUGUCAAAAAAUAGGGGGCGGAGAACUUGAGGGAAACCAGGUCUCUCCUUGUCACCAUGUUUCUCUUGGUGUCAGGAAAGCUUGUCAGAAGUGAUUCAUGCUAAUAGCAGAGGAACAAAGCAGCCA